UGACAGCAAGGAUCACAAACCACGUCUCCUAACUUUUAGCCCCAAACCCAACUCAUUAGACCGUACUAUGAAUGACUGCAACUCCAUGAAUCAUGCUUAAUGUGUUGUUUAUCUUCUCUGCCAGACAGCCAUGGCAAUGUGCCCCCAGAAAUGGAACCCAUCAGACUGCUGGCACGGGCCGCCACUGGGUAUGUGGUAUGGCAGAACUCUACUGAAAAUACUCGGUACGAACUGGCCCAGAUUAAACACGUAAGGCAAGUGAAAAGAAGCGAUGAUUACCUUGAAUUUGACUACAUGGUUCUACUUCAUGAAUUUGUGUCCCAGCACACCUUUUACUUUCUACCCACAGGAGAUUAUUCCCUGGCAAAUGACAGUUCUCUGGCACCCACAGCAUGGCGUCAAAGUAACACAGAACAGCAGUCAGCCAAAACAUGCAGAGUACUAAUGGAGCACCUGGCACUACAGUGGAAGAAGCUAAAAUGCUACAAGUGUUUGAAGGGGGGGGGGGGAGAUAAGUAGGCGGGGGGCAAACAAUCAAGGUACAAAUAGUAAGUACUUGCUCAGUAAAAAUUCUCCCGUGUAUUUUGUUUCAAUCUAAUAACCCAACAGUCAUUUUAGUCAUUUUAUCUACUGCAUAAUCAAAUGCUGUGUCAAAAUUAAUAAAAAAAAC